CAUCCCAAACACACACACAUUUCCCUUGACUUGGAAAGUCACCCAAAGCAGCCCCAAGUGCAGGGCAAAGAGACUUCACCAAGUGAAGGGAACUCAUCAGAUUCACACUGUCUUCACCUGAGACCACCUCCAAAACAAAGAUCCUGACUUCUCUCCUGGCUUUGUACUUUGGAAUGGACCUUGAAACCUGUGACUCCUCAAUGCAAGGAUGAAGUGAAUUUAGAGCUAAAAACCAGGCAAGAAACCAGGCCUUGAAAUCUCCGAAAGCUGAAAGAACUAUAUGCACUGACGCAACCUCAGGAAAACCCACGAUGGCUGCCAAGCGCAAAGGCGGCCUGAAGCUAAACGCGAUCUGUGCCAAGCUCAGCCGCCAGGUGGUCUUCGAUCACGGGGGAGCCGAACAGGCACGCGUGGACAAGGGUCCCCAGCGGGAGAGCAGCAACAAGGACCUGCCGCAGCCAGGGACCAAGGAGCUGGGGACUGAGUUUUCAGAUGGACUCGGCAGGAGCGUGCAGAAGAUCGAGGAGGACAAACGGAGGGAGGUGAUUGAGAAGUGGGUGAACGGGGAAUACGAGGAGCCCUUGCUGGGCCGCGCCGAGGGCAAGGAGUGUAAAGGCGCCGAGAGCGCGGAGGUGCCCCCCGAAGGGGUUUACAUGGUGCAGCCCAAGGGCUGCAGCGACGAGGAGGACAACGGGGACGAGGCAGACGCUCUGCGGGGCUCGCAGGACGGCAGCUUCUUGGAUGACAGGGACUCGGACGGGCCGGCCUCGAAGGACGACACGUACCGCUCCGCCAGCGGCGAGGCGGCCCCCAAGCUGGGCGGAGGAGCCACCUCAGGGGAAGCUUCAUCGCUGCGAGAUUAUGCCGCUACCACCAUGAAUGAAUUCCUGGGCAUGUUCGGCUACGACGAUCAGAACAUGCGGGAUGAGCUGGCCCGCAAGAUCAGCUUUGACAAGCUGAACGCUGCUACCUCAGAGGCCACUGCAGCUGCUGCCUCCCUUCCCGGUGAGGAUGCCAUGAGCAAACGAGCCCGCUUCUCCAAGUAUGAGGAAUACAUCCGCAAGCUCAAAGCUGGAGAGCAGCUCUCUUGGCCUAUGCACUUGGCCAAAUCUGAAGAGUUGGGCUCCAAGCUGGGCAAAGAGGCUUCCUCAGUGCUGGCACAGCCCAUCCGGGUACAAGGUCCAGAUGCCUCCAUGCUGACGGAGGCGAAAGCCACCAUCCUGCCUUUGCCCUCUCCUAGCAGUUCCCAGAUGCAGGGCCUCAUGUCACGGGCCUCCAAGUAUGACUUCUUCAUUCAGAAGCUGAAGACAGGUGAGAGCAUCAGGCCACAAAAUGGCAACACUUACAAGAAGGCCUCCAAGUAUGACCUGGAGAACGUCAAGUACUUGCACCUUUUCAAGCCUGGAGAAGGAAGCCCAGAUAUGGGAGGAGCCAUUGCCUUCAAGACGGGCAAGGUAGGCCGGCCUUCCAAGUACGAUGUGAGGAACAUCCAGAAGCUUACUCCGGUAAAGGCUCCAACACCCAGCCUGGCCCCUGCUCCACUUGCCAGUACCCCGAGCAGUGCUCCUGUGGCCGGGCCAGAGCAGUCCGUCUCAUUGCCAUUCAACACUCCUGAGUACCUGAAAUCAACAUUCUCCAAGACAGACUCCAUCACAACUGGAACAGUCUCUACAGUAAAGAAUGGAUUACCCACUGACAAACCAGCUGUCAGCGAAGAUGUAAAUAUUUACCAGAAAUAUAUUGCCAGGUUCUCUGGCAGUCAGCACUGUGGGCAUAUACACUGUGCAUACCAGUAUCGAGAACAUUACCACUGCCUCGACCCAGAAUGCAACUACCAGAGAUUCACUAGUAAACAGGAUGUGAUUCGGCAUUACAACAUGCACAAGAAACGUGAUAAUUCCCUCCAGCACGGCUUCAUGCGCUUCAGCCCCUUGGAUGACUGUAGCGUGUACUAUCAUGGCUGUCACCUGAAUGGGAAAAGCACACACUACCACUGCAUGCAGGUGGGUUGUAACAAGGUCUACACCAGCACCUCUGAUGUGAUGACCCAUGAGAACUUCCACAAGAAGAACACUCAGCUUAUCAACGAUGGCUUUCAGCGGUUCCGUGCCACGGAGGACUGCGGCACUGUGGAAUGCCAGUUCUAUGGGCAAAAAACCACUCACUUCCAUUGCAGGCGACCUGGGUGUACAUUCACCUUCAAGAACAAGUGUGACAUUGAGAAGCACAAGAGCUACCACAUCAAAGAUGAUGCCUAUGCCAAGGAUGGCUUUAAGAAGUUCUACAAGUAUGAGGAAUGCAAGUACGAGGGCUGUGUCUACAGCAAGGCCACCAACCACUUCCACUGCAUAAGGGCAGGCUGUGGCUUCACCUUCACCUCCACCAGCCAGAUGACCUCCCAUAAACGCAAGCAUGAGCGCCGGCACAUCCGGAGCUCGGGAGUGCUCGGCUUGCCCGCCUCCCUCCUGGGAUCCAAGGAUAAUGAGCAAGAGGAGUCCAGUAAUGACGACCUUAUUGACUUCUCUGCCAUGAGCUCGAAGAACUCUAGCCUGAGUGCCUCCCCCACCAGUCAGCAGUCUUCCGUUUCCCUCAUCGUCCCAGCUGCACCUUCCUCUGCUGCUGAGCUUGCUUCCUCACAGGCCGGCAAGCCUGCCAACAGCAUGACACCAGCCACCAAGAUCUCUGGCCUGCUCUCCCAGGCUCUUCCCAGCAAUAUACCCUUGGCCUUGGCGCUCUCCAACUCGGCGCUUCCCGGAACAGCCGGAUCCUUUUUCCCCAUCAUCCCCAGCCGGGUCUCUACACCACUUCCUGCCAGCUCAGCUAAUCUGAUGACUGCUGGUUCUUCUGGCACCAAUCCACCAUCAUCUGCUCCUACGGAUUCCUCAUCCCAGGCCAUCUCAGGAUCCGGUGACCCAGCAGCUACUACUUCUCCAGCUCCAGCAGCAUCUAUAAUGGAAAGGAUCUCUGCUAGCAAGGGAUUGAUCUCUCCUAUGAUGGCAAGGUUGGCAGCAGCUGCACUCAAGCCCUCUGUGGCACUUGAAGCAGGGAACGGACAACCAACAGCUCCCGGACGGUUCAAUCCAAUUCAGGUGAAGCAGGAGCCUGUAGAAACCAUGGGAUCAUCAUCUACUGCCACUCAGGACUCCUUACAGGAGCACAGCUUGGACCUGAGCGUCAAGGAUCAUGGUAAUGAAUCAAAUGGCCACACAGUCUCGGCAAAUUCAUCUCUUUUAUCCUCGCUUAUGAAUAAGUGUUCCACGGAAGGAGAGGGCAGCCAGGCUGCAGCUGGGGAGCCAACACAAUACUUGGGAAAGGCAGUGAAGGCACUUGUUCAGGAGAAACUCUCUGAGCCAUGGAAGAUGUACCUGCGCCGGUUUGGUACCAAGGAUUUCUGUGAUGCACAGUGCGACUUUCUCCAUAAGGUGCAUUUCCAUUGUGUCGUGGAGGAAUGUGGUGCCCUCUUCAGCACCUUGGAUGGAGCCAUCAAGCACGCCAAUUUUCACUUCCGAACUGAGGGCGGAGCUGUGAAAAGUAACUCCGAGUCUCCCUUCCCAACUACUGCUGAGACUAAGGCUUCAUUAGCCCCAUCGUCACCAUCUGCUACUUCUGUCACCAUGGCGAGUGCUCCUGCCCUUGACGUGCCCACCCCGAGCCCAGCUACUGUGCCGUCUGCCCCCACGCUGCUAGCUUGGAAGCAGCUGGCUUCAACCAUACCCCAGAUGCCUCAGAUCCCAGCAUCAGUGCCUAGCCUGGCAACUUCACCCUUGGCUACGACUUCCCUGGAGAAUGCCAAGCCUCAGGUCAAACCCGGAUUUCUCCAGUUCCAGGAGAAUGAUCCCUGCCUGGCAACGGACUGCAAGUAUGCCAACAAAUUCCACUUCCACUGUCUCUUUGGGAACUGCAAGUAUGUGUGCAAAACCUCUGGCAAAGCAGAAUCCCACUGCCUGGACCACAUCAACCCCAACAACAAUUUGGUGAAUGUGCGAGACCAGUUUGCUUACUAUUCGCUGCAGUGUCUCUGUCCAAACCAGCACUGUGAGUUCAGGAUGCGAGGGCAUUACCAUUGUCUUCGUCCUGGCUGCUACUUUGUGACUAACAUCACCACCAAGCUGCCCUGGCAUGUGAAAAAACAUGAGAAGGCAGAGCGAAGAGCAGCCAAUGGCUUCAAGUACUUCACCAAGCGAGAAGAGUGUGGCAGACUAGGUUGCAAAUAUAACCAGGUGAACAGCCACUUCCACUGCAUUCGAGAGGGCUGCCAGUUCUCUUUCCUGCUCAAGCACCAAAUGACAUCCCACGCCAGGAAGCACAUGAGAAGGAUGCUGGGGAAGAACUUCGACCGUGUUCCUACUCAGGUUAUUGGCCACACUCCAAGAAAUGAAAAUCUCCCCCAUGUUGGCAGCAUGGCACCCAGCCCAGCUUCAUCAGGCACCCCAGCUUCCUUUCAGGGACCCCAGAGCAUGAUGGACACUGAAACAGAUGAGUACAUGGAUUAUACUGGCUGUAGCCCUGGGGGGAUCUCCUCUGAAUCUUCCAAUAUGGACCGCAGCUGCUCCAGCACUCCAGUGGGCAAUGAAAGUACAUCAGCAGGGAAUACCAUCACUAUGCCAACUGCCUCGGGGGCUAAAAAGCGUUUCUGGAUUAUUGAGGACAUGUCCCCGUUUGGCAAGCGCCGUAAGACUGCGUCCUCACGUAAGAUGCUGGAUGAGGGGAUGAUGCUGGAGGGAUUUCGCCGCUAUGACCUCUACGAGGACUGCAAGGACUCCAGCUGCCAGUUCUCUCUCAAGGUUACCCACUACCACUGCACAAGGGAGAAUUGUGGCUACAAGUUCUGCGGCCGUACCCACAUGUACAAGCAUGCCCAGCACCAUGACCGUGUUGACAACCUGGUGCUGGAUGAUUUCAAACGCUUCAAGUCUUCACUGAGUUGCAACUUCCCAGACUGUCAGUUCUCUGGCAAUAGCACACACUUCCACUGUCUGCGCUGUGGCUUCCGCUGCACUGACAGCACCAAGGUGACAGCCCACCGUAAGCAUCAUGGCAAGCAGGACGUCAUCAGUGCUGCUGGCUUCUGCCAGUUCAGCUCAAGCGUGGACUGCGAGGUGCCUGACUGCAAGUACAAACUCAAGUGCUCCCACUUCCAUUGCACCUACCCUGGCUGCAAACACACAGUGGUGGGCAUGUCCCAGAUGGACUCACACAAGCGCAAACACGAGAAGCAGGAGCGGGGGGAGCUGCCUGCCAUCUCUCCUGGUCCUGAGGGCCUUGCCCACUCCACUCUGGAGUAUGACAUCCAGAACUCUUCCAUCAACCUGGAUAGUUCCCUCAACCUCAGCACUGACAACAACAGCUCCCUCUUCUUCCUGCAGAAUGCUGCUGGCGUGGGCCUCAAUGAUUCCCUGGACCUCAGCAAGAAGCAGUCAGAAGUCACUGAAGGUCCAUCACCAAGCAGAGCUGGGACUGCCUCUCAGGACAGGGGGGCAGUGGCAUCUGCCUCUGGUGAUGUGGAGGAUGAGGAUGACUCGUCCCAAGAUGAUGAGGAGGAUGAGGAGGAGGAGAUGAACGAAGAAGAGGAGGAGGAUGAAGAGGAGGAGGAGGAGGACGACGAUGACGAGGAUGAUGAUGAAGAGGAAGACCUGAACACAGAUUCUGAAGAGUCGUUGCCUGACCCUGAGGGCCUGGCCACUAAAGAAGAUGGGGACACGGAGGAGGCUGCUUCUUCCACAGACCAUGGCGAUGCUUCCAGGUCACAGGGCGAGCCAGCCCCAGCCCUUACUCCAGCCCCUGUUCCUACUUCAGCUCCAGCUGCUGCUCCAGCCUCUACCCUUGCUCCAACAACUUCUCCUUAACCUCAGUGACAACAGCAGCAGUGGUUUGGUUUUGCUCUUACAUGGAAUUACUAAGAGGACCCCCAUAUGAGGCAAGAACAAAGAUUGGGAUGGCAAGUGAAAAAAAACAAAAAAAAAACACAACUCCGUGCCACACAGGAGAGAGGAAGGAAGGAAACCCUGCGCCACAGGCCCCAUAAGAGAGACAGGUUCGCAGCAGAACUGGUGCUGCAUCACUUCAUUCUGCAGAUCACAGAAAAUCAGGGCAAGAUGCAGCAAAAAAAACAAAAACAAAAAACCAACCCUUUUUUACAGACACGAACCUUGAGGGUGCUGGCUGCUUUUCCUUGCCUCCUGUUUGGUGCGUGGGGCCUGCACCCAUCUGGGGACCCUUCAUUAUGGGUGGGGUUCUAGCCCCCCAUUUUUCUUUCUGG